GCUGCCCUUAGACCACUUCCUGGGGGGUGGAGAGGACCUCAGUUGCUGCUGCGACAAUCCAGGAAGGCGGUAACGCCCAAGUCCCGAGACUCCGGUUGUUGCCAACAGAGUCCUGGGACACUCAGCUCUGACCGCGAGAGCAUCGUCUCUCUCCAGCCGUACAGAACGGCUUGCCACCGGCUCCCAUCAGUUGCGCCUCCAUCUGUAGGGAUCCGCGCCCCUAAGCCUGAUCGGGCCUCUGGGCAGGUCGUCGGAACCCGGCGUGGACUCACUCGCCGACUGCAAAAGCUAUCUAUUAAGAAACUCAAAAGUUGAGCCCUUCAGAGUCCAGCCGGUGCUCGCCACCGUCACCUGCUGGUUGAAUUCCGGAAACCCACUGUCUGAAGAACACAGAAGGGAAUCGCUGACCACGCAGAAUCAGAAUCGUCUGGACCAAAAGCUCCCUGACCCUGCCUUCUCUUCUUUUCGUCGAUUCUUUCAUCCUUUCGGAAAUUUCUGUGUCCUGAAGCCCCCAAUCGCCACCAAGGUAGCUGGGGUGAGCUACAAACUUUGCUGUCUUGUUCUCCAACCUCUGCUUCCAACAUAGUGAGCCUAAACGUUACCACCCAAUUCUUCCCAAACCCGGGAGGUUCUGCCUUUUUCUUCUCCUUGUCUGUCUCCUACAGUUCCCAAAAUUUCCCCCCCUCCUGUGUCUUCUUCACCCCCUUCUUUUGGGGGCCCCGUGACCCUAAAUGUGGGGGGAACAUUAUAUUCCACUACAUUGGAGACCCUGACACGCUUCCCAGACUCCAUGCUGGGGGCCAUGUUUAGGGCUGACACCCUUAUGCCAGCCAAUCUCAACCCGCAAGGAGAUGGCCAUUACUUUAUCGACAGAGAUGGCAAGGCUUUCCGGCACAUCCUCAAUUUCCUGCGGCUGGGCCGUCUGGACCUGCCCCGUGGGUAUGGAGAAACUGCACUUCUUAAGGCAGAAGCUGACUUCUACCAGAUCCGGCCCCUCCUGGAUGCCCUGCGGGAAUUGGAAGCUUCUCGGGGUACCCCAGCACCCAGAGCUGCCCUGCUCCAUGCAGACGUAGAUGUCAACCCUCGUCUGGUGCACUUCUCUGCUCGAAGGGGCCCACACCACUAUGAGUUGAGCUCUGUCCAGGUGGACACCUUCCGAGCCAACCUCUUCUGUACUGACCCUGAGUGUCUGGGUGCCAUGCGCAACCGAUUUGGUGUGGCCAGUGGGGACAGGGCAGAGAGUGGACCACAUUUUCGUCUAGAGUGGGCCUCCCGCCCCCGGGAACUUCCUGAAGUGGAGUAUGAAAGAUUGGGGCUGCAACCACUGUGGACUGGGGGGCCAGAAAAUCGGCGGGAGGUGGCGAACACGCCUGCUUUCCUGGAGGAGGUGCUGAGGGUGGCUCUGGAACAUGGUUUCCGCCUGGACUCUGUCUUCCCAGACCCCGAAGAUCUGCUGAACUCUAGAUCUUUACGCUUUGUCCGCCACUGAGAAUGCUACCCUUCACUUGACUGCGGAGAGGGAGAGGAAUGCUUUAGACAAGGGGCUGAUGGCUCUCCCGAAGCCUCUUUCUUUCUAAGUCCUGGCGUGGGAGCUAUGAGAGUCAGGGAUCCCACCACACCUGACUGGGAUUCCCAAAUCGAGCUGCUCCGACUCCCAGGACUUGAGUGGUCCAGAAGAUCUACGCUGGGGCUUAUCCUGGGAAAGCAUCUGCGGAUUCUCCAGCCCGUUCUUGCUUGAGGAUGGGUCCUCUGUAUUCAGGGGUGUGGGGAAGUAAGAAGCACCUCUUUGCCCGGGCUACAUUUAGCAGCACUCUGGAGGUUUGAGCUCUAGGUGGAAAGACAUACUUUGAAUUGCCAAAUAUGGCCUGUCGGCUAGACUGUGACUUCCCCUCCUGGAGCUGGGCACUUAUCCUACCAUAACCAUUAAGAGGCUAGGACAUCUGGGAGAUUUCUUUACUGUGUCCCAAGCCACCUACUGUGGGAGACUGAAAAUAGAAACUUCAUCCUAGGUUGACAAAAGGGGGCUAGGAAGAUCCCUGUCAGCACGGGGGCUAGAGCGCCCUUCUGGAAUUCCGAGUAUUUUAGAGGAUGCUAUAUGUAAGUGGGACUGAACAUGGGCAAAGAUGGUGGUAUUUUUUUUGUACCCUGGGCUUCUUUCAUGUGUGUGUGUGUGUGUGUGUGUGUGUGUGUGUAUGACAGCCAGCAUAUCUGACUGAUGCUAGGGCCCCUAGCAUCUUGGUUCCCAUCAGUAUUGCCGACUCCUGCGUUUAUGUGAUGGUCCUUCUGUGAUCUUGGCAUGUCCAGGCCUGUUUGGGGUUGCUUAGCAACUCUCUAGGCUCAGGUAUAUCUGUGGUAUGUGUGAGAGCAGAUUGAGAUUUAGUUUAAUCAUAGGGUGUGUGUGUGUUUGCGUGUGUGUUUAUGCCCACACCACCACGUAGGCAGGAGGGGCUUGUUUGAGUUUGACUCACUGGGCCCUCCCUAUGAGAGGUAAAAGCCACUGGGCUUAGCUGGGCCUCUGAGACGUCCGGGAGCUCUUGGUUGCUGAGACAACCAUGAGUCUGUUGCUAGGAAAUAGCCGGGUAAGGCCUAAGGCCGUCCUGGGCAGACAGGAAACAAAGAGGUGGGAGAAUUGAGAAGGUACAGAAAAGGCUAGCAUUUCUGAGUUCCCGAGUGGAUGGGGCACACACGCAUCGUCUUCACUGGGAUUCAUCUAUCACUGUGACUUAAAAAAAGAGAAAUAAAAUUGCUUUCAGAACCACA